ACUGCAGACCUAAGAAUGGAGGGGGCACAAGUAGCAUUUGCUGUCUUCAUCCCCAUCGUCCUCCUCCUCAGCCUCAUCAUUGGAAUCUACCUCUACUACUCAAAGCAUCAGAGAAAGCCACUUCAGCUGUCACUGUCCUCCAACCUACCAUAUGAAAACAUCUCUGGAGAAUCCACGUGUGACAAUUUAGUUUAUGAGACAACGAACAAUGAGGAUACACGAGAAUACGAGGUUUCGAUCUGAAGACGCCAGAGCAUGUGUUUCAGAAUGGACAGAUAAGAAGCCUGCUGGCCUUUUCAACGUCUGUCAGACUCACACCUUUGGUGACUCCACCCUGUUCUCUAUACACUGAAUAUGAGCCUCCCUUUAUUUACCCUACAGAGGACGCCACACUACCGCUGGAAAGGCUGGGCCACCGGAUAAUUUUUCUAGCUCAACAGUACAGUCCAGCAGCAGCAGUUUGUACAGUUUUUAAUCCUGUGAUUGCAUCCUGAGGACUUUCAGCGCCAAGAACCAUCUCAGAAAGCAGAGGGAUUCGAUGCAAAGCUUGUGCCAUUAAGUGAUAUAACCACUGAUGUUACAUUUUGUUAUAUACAUUAUACACUAUAUGUCUCCUGCACCAUUUAAAGACUAAUGCUUGGAUUAACGGGAUGUCUAUUAAGAGUAACAUCUUAACUUAUCUUGACAAACAACUGCAUUUACAUUUAGAGUAUGCUCAAAAAUUCGAAUUGAUGCACGAUCUGAGAUAAGAAAUCAGAAUAUACAUUAAAUAAAAGGCCCAAUAAAAUAUAAUUGUCCCUGCGAGAGAGAGAAGAAAACAUAUUAUAUUUUCAUGUCUGUAUUAAGUACGGAGCUGGAUGUGGUUAACCUUACUUUGCAUAAAGACUUGAAAGGGGUUUAGCUAGCCAGGCUUGGUAAAUACACCCAACACCUCCUUAGCUCACUAGAAAACAUGUUGCAUCUUGUUCAUUUGUAUCCUAAGUAAGAACAAAAUAAAGAAACAAUAUGUUGCUUAAGGAUUGUAACGUUUUCAUGAAAAAAUCCAACUGAACAUUGCUAACUAUGUAAUUUCUGGGAUAGCUAUAUUUAAUUUGCUUUCAAGGUUUCUCAAAACAAACGAAAAAGCCCUGCUUGGUGCAAAUUCAUAUAAUGAUUAAUUGCAUUUACUUUGUGCUCAAAGUGCUUUACAUUACAUAUUACAUAGACAUGUAAUACAUCAUGUUGUUCUUUUACACUUUUGCUAACAAGUGACUCAUUAGCUUGCUAGCAUCAACAGUCUCACACAACCCAGUCUCACGGCAUUUCGUGUUAU